AUGUCUUCUUCAAGUUAUUACUCGGGUUCCAGUCACCAUUCAUGCUCUGCUGACAAUUGCUGGCUACAGACUGCUCUGACCUUGAACAAUUUUGGGAGAAGGUUUUAUGGGUGCAGCUACUAUGAUAUGGAUGAUGAACCUACUUAUAAAUACUCUAGGUGGUUGGAUGGCAAAACAUGUAAGUGUGGAUCCGAAGUUGCACCCAUUGUCCUUGCAAGAUUCAGCAUGUACAAGAAUCAAGCAAGAGUUGCAGAGGAAAAGGAAAAUGAGGCUAUUGAUAGGGAAAUAGCAGCAAUUAAGAGGGAAAACAAAACCAAGCGAAGGGAAGAAAAAGCUAGGUUGAGAGAGAGGAUAGCUAAAGAGAAGUUACAAAAGUACAAAUUUGCACUUGUUGUGUCAUGGGGGUUUUUUGCUAUUUUUUAUGUGUUUUCUGGUAGGAUGGGAGAAUUUGGACAAAGGCAUUGUGUCUGCCUUAAAGGCAAGUUGUUGUAG